AUGGCUAUGGGGCGCCUCCGCAGCAGCCUCCUCGGCCUGGGCGCACAGCAGUUUGGACACGGUGCACCAACAGACUACAGCUUCCAGUAUUCGGCUUGCAAUGGCAAGCGGAAGGCGCUGCUCAUUGGCAUCAACUACUUUGGACAACGAGGACAACUUCGCGGUUGCAUAAACGACGUCAAGAAUAUGAGCACAUACCUGAACGAGUUCUUUGGCUACAAGAGGGAGGACAUGGUCACUCUGACAGAUGACCAGCAGAACCCCAUGAGCCAACCGACGAAGGCGAACAUUCUGAGGGCGAUGCACUGGCUUGUCAAGGAUGCGCGACCCAACGACUCGCUGUUCUUUCACUACUCAGGUCACGGCGGCCAGACAAAGGACUUGGACGGUGACGAGGACGAUGGAAACGACGAGGUCAUCUACCCCGUCGACUUCCGCACUGCUGGGCACAUAGUCGACGAUGAGAUGCACCGCAUCAUGGUUGGCACACUACAGCCCGGUGUCCGAUUGACGGCCAUUUUCGAUUCAUGCCACUCAGGUUCCGCGCUCGACCUGCCCUACAUCUACUCCACCCAGGGUGUGCUCAAGGAGCCCAAUCUGGCCAAGGAGGCUGGCGCAGGUCUGUUGGGCAUUGUCUCAAGCUACGCACGCGGCGAUAUUGGCAGCAUGAUUGGUGGGGCAAGCAGCUUGUUCAAGAAGGCAAUCAAGGGCGAUGAUGUGUACAAGAAGAAUUUGAGAACGAAGACGAGCCCCGCAGAUGUCAUCAUGUGGAGUGGAUCGAAGGAUCAGCAGACUUCCGCCGACGCGUCCAUUGGCGGUGAAGCUACAGGUGCCAUGUCCUGGGCCUUCAUCACGUCUCUACGCAAGAACCCCAACCAGAGCUACGUCCAACUGCUGAACAGUAUUCGUGACGAGCUCGAGGGCAAGUACCAGCAGAAGCCACAAUUGAGCUGCAGUCAUCCCCUGAGUACGUUCAUCACAGGGCCCGAAAUUCACCUUUGUUGCUAA